AUGUACAGUGUCGCAGGCUCCGAUACCACGUCUACAGCGUUGACUGUUAUUAUCUGGCAUCUACUGGCGAAUCCAAAGACGAUGCAGAAAUUGACAGCUGAAAUUUGUGAGAAUUUCAACUCUGCCGAGGCUAUAAAUUACCAGGCCCUUCGCGCCCUCCCUUAUUUGCAUGCGGUCAUUGAGGAAGAACGUUGGCUGCCGAACUCUUCUAUCAAGUGUGACAAAGCUGCAUUCUCUCCAUUCUCCUAUGGCCCUAGGUCAUGCCUAGGCAGAAACAUGGCAUAUAUGGAGAUGAGUUUGACCCUGGCUCUCCUUGUGUUCAGAUUGAAGUUAUCGUUCGCAAAUCAUGACAAUGAGAUCCAGGCUGGAUUCGACGUUGAAGAUGCCUUUGUCGCUAUCAAACCAUCAGUUCCAGUUACUGUGAAAAAGGUCACGGCCUGA